AUGAUGGAUCCACAAAAAAUUGAUAAUGACCUGGUUGGAGCAUUAGAAGAGGAGGAAUUAAAAAUGGCUAUUGAAAUGCAAAAAAAAUGGGACUUACAAAAGAAAGAAGAUAGUAAUACUGGUUCAUGUCCAUGGAAAAAGAAUGCUCCUACUUGUGCAGCCAGGUUAUCAGAUAUUAUGAGUGAAGAAAUUGUUAAUAAAAUAUAUACAGAAAAAAAUAAUUCAUUACCAGUUAAUAAAGAAAAUUCAACUACUAUAACAUUACCAAUUGAAGAGGUUGAAGAAAUGGAUCCUGAUCUAAAACUAGCAAUGGAACUUCAAAAACAAUUUGAUGCAGAAUUGUCAAUAGAUGAUACUGAUCGUGAAGAAGCCCUUAGAUUACAGAAGAUUUUUGAUGAGGAGAUUGCACAAAUUUAUGAUAAAGAUCAUAGUUUAGAUAUAUCUGAAGCAAAAAAACUUCAACAUGAAUGGGAUAUUGAAGUUUUAAAUGAGGAAUCACCAAAACCAAUAACUUUUGGAAUGACGCGUUACAAAUUUUCACAUGAUGAUGAGGUCGAUGAUUAUGAUGCAUUAUUACAAGAGUAUGAAGAUGAAGAAGAUAUUAAAGAAAAAAGUUGGAUAAAGAAAUAUGAGAAAAAAGAUAAUUUUCUUGGUGAUAAUGAUAUUAAUAAAAACGAUUGUGUUGCUACAACAAAACAUGAUACUGAACUAGCUAAAAUUAGAAAUGCCGAUAAAACAAUGAAUUUUGCUAUUGGAAUGAAUAUUGGAGAUUGUUCUGAUGAAAAAAUAUCUAAUAAAGUUUUUAAUAAAUUAAGACAAUACAGUAAAGAUGAAAUUAAAAGAAAUUUUAAAAUUAAGGAUAAAGCUGAAAAAUCAACUUAUGAACAGGGUAUGGAUGAAGAUGCAAGAUUAAUUAUUUUUAAAUUAAUUCAAAGAAAUGAGUUAGAUACAGUUGAAGGAAUAAUAGCUAGUGGAAAAGAAAGUAUUGUUUUACAUGCAAAAAAAGAAGAAUGGAAUUUUGCUAUUAAAGUUUAUAAAAAAACAUUAUCAGAAUUUAAAAAUAGAAAUGAAUAUGUUAAGGAUGACUUUAGAUUUAAAAAUCCACGUCAUGUUUUAAAAGUAUGGACUCUUAGAGAAUUUUUAAAUUUACGUCGUCUAAUGAAAGCUGAAAUUAAUGCUCCAGAACCAUUAUAUGUAAAAAAAAAUGUUCUAGUAAUGAGAAUGAUUGGUGAAGAUAAACCAGCUUUGAAAUUAAAAGAUGUUUUGUUUCAGGAUGAAGAAAGUAAAGAAUUAGCUUUUAAAAUGGUAGAAAAAAUUAUUUGUGAUAUGUAUAAAAAUUGUAAACUUGUUCAUGGUGAUUUAAGUGAAUUUAAUUUAUUAUAUCACAAAGGAGUAAUUUAUGUUAUUGAUGUAUCACAGGCAAUGGAUUUAUCUCACCCAAAUUCUUUAGUAUUUCUUCUUAGAGAUAUAGAAAAUAUCUUAAAUUUCUUUAAUAGUAUUGGAACACAAAAUUUACCUUCUUCAGGAGUUCUCUUUGAAAAAGUUACUAAUAUUCCAAUAGAUCCAACAAAAAGUGUUGAAGUACAGGUUGAACAAUUUGAAGCUGAUAAUAGAAAUAUCCAUUUACGUGAUGAUAAAGCUAAACCAUGUAAUGUUGAAAUUAGAGCAAUGGCAGAAGAAGAAUGUAAUGAUUGUUGA